AUGAUUACUACAAAUCUACCCCCCUCCCUUCCUCCCACUCAUCCCACAUCAACUUCCUCACCUCCAAUCCAACAUCGACAAAACCGACGUCGAGAAAGACCAGGCUCACGCGCCCGUCGCACUAUCUCUCGUAAAUCCGCUCUCGCCACUGAUCUCAACGAAGGAAUCCUCGAAGCUCGAGACUCUAGUUUCUACAUUCCAAACCACAGACCCGGUAACGGACCUUCACCAUUACUAAGACAAAACUUCGAUCAAAGUUGGAUGAGAUGGAAAGCUAGACAAACUGCUGAGCUAGAAAUGUUAGCUAUGAAACAAAAUAUGAAACAAGUCGAGAUGGAAAGACAAAUGAUGACAGGAGAAGUGAAGGGCAGGGAAGAAGAAGAAUUGGGGAAAAUGCAACGAAGACUUUUUGGUGGUGAUGACGAUGAUGAUGAUGCGUUAUGUCACAUGAAAGCUCUUCGUCCAUCCACGCCCACAUCAACGAGUCAAGACCAAAUCCAAAAUGUCGAAACCGAGAAACUAUUCUCACACAGCUUUCGACCACCAAAGCUCCGUCGCACAGAAUCAAGCUGUUAA